AAUAUGAUAUUUGUCUUUUGCAGUUGACUGCUGCCAGGAAGAAGCGGUACGGCGAUGCACCCUCACAGAACAUACCAGCCUCAGACCCAGCUGCACAAGAAGAUGCACCGUCUACACCUUCUACAGCUUCAGUCCACUCAGAUUCAGAUCUGCUAGAAGAGAGGGAAGCUUUGACACAGGAGUUGAGACAACUGAGGCAAGAAAGGACUGACGCGGCAGUUGUCACCACCAGACAACUGACACACCUAAUGCGCCAAAUGACGCCAUCUCUCCGGGAUCAGUUCAUGACCGAAACCCUUGCCUCCGCCGUGCGUUAUGUGGACCUCUUCAGGGAGCAAACCCAGCAGCUGCCACCACAGCAGCUUCCCUCUGUACCAGCACAGCAGCAUCAGCCCAUCUUCCAGGACUUCAGGACCCCUCAACGCCCAAUGCACCAGGCACAGCAGCAGCCACCACAGUAUGCCCAGGACCACGCCAUGGCCCUUCAACUGGCACAGCAACUGAAUCCCCCCACCACUGAGACAGAGAGACGACACUUCUUCACCACACUUCAAGGCUGCUAUCCAGAUUUUACUGGAUCUUCAUGUCCACCACCAGCCCCUACCUAUGCAACACUAACUGUUCGUCGCACCCCAACAGCCACAGUGACCACAGAUGGUAUCAUUGCAGGUGCUGCUGCUGCUGCAGGAAUACCUUCAUUUUCUACUACCACCGUCCAAAGUCCCACCGUGAGCACACCACAGAUGGCCAGUUCACCCGCCACUCAGCCUGCUGACGCAAGUCAGAACAUGUCUUCGUUUAUGAGGGAUAUGAUUCGGGACGGUGACGAGACUACCUCAUACUGA